GGCUAUUUUCGUUUUCAAACUAGAUUAAAUUAAUUGUUUUUCAUUGCUGGUUCGAAUUCGGUUGUCCUGGUUACGAUCUAUUGAUAAUGAAGAGAGCAUUACCUGCAACACUUCUGUUUGUUGGCGUUCUGCUGAUCUUGGUUGCAGCAGCGAAGGAAAAAAGGAGUGUCAACGAGUUGCUGGGAGAGAUAGAGAACUUUUGCAACGGAGACGAAAUCUGCUCCGGUGAUUUGACGGACGACCUCAUCAAUUAUCUGUACGAUGGUCAACCUGUAGAUACAGAUGUUUCGGAAACGACACUUCUGAUGGAAGUUAUGGACAAAAAGUGCGCUGUUGAUUCUGCUUGUUUGGAGGAACUGUAUAAAGAGUUAUACAACGUUUUGGAGCAGUCCUAUCAGGAAAAUACGAGGGAAGGAAAUCAAAAUUACUUAGGAAGCGUAGUGGACAAACACGACAAUGAAAAUGAUGCCAAAAAGGAAGUAAAAAAAGACAAAAUGACGUCUGCAGAUCGAGCAAUGGCGGAGAUGCAAUCCUGGGACAAGAAAAAGAGAAAGCUGUGGGAGAAGAAGCAAUCAAAACUGAAAGAUCUGGAGAGAAAGGAUUGGAAAGCUGAAAAAAAGGGCUUGAACAAGGUCUACGGUAAAGUUGUUGUAAGAAAUUUCAGAAAGAAUGAAAGAGAUCAAAGGGAAGACCAGAUGGAUUUAUUGGAUGAUGAGGAAGAUUCUGAUGAUAUAGAAGACGAAGAUUUAUUGAAUGAUGAAGAAUAUGAAGAUGAAGUCGAUGUUGGAAAAGGCAAAAAGACUCUGGCAGAUCGGGCAAUGGCGGAGAUGCAAUCGUGGGACAAGAAAAAGAGCAAGCUGUGGGAGAAGAAACAAUCAGCACUGAACGAUCUGGAGAGAAAGGAUUGGAAAGCUGAAAAAAAGGGCUUGAAUGAGGUAUACGGUAAAAAUAUUGUAAAACAAUUCAGAAAGAAUGAUAGAACUGAGGAAGAUUCUAAUGACAUAGAAGACGAUAAUUUAUUGAAUGAUGAAGAUGAAGAUUAUGAGGGAGAUGAAGAUUAUGAGGGAGAUGAAGAUUACGAUGGAGAUGAGUAUGAAGAUGAGUAUGAAGAUGAAAAUGAAUAUGAAGAUUACGAGGGAGAUGGAUAUGAAGGUGAAUACGAAGAUGAGUUUGAAGAUGAAGAUGAGUAUGAGGUCUAUGGCGAUGAGAAUAAUGACGUACCAUAUGGACUUGGAGACGAUGGUGCACAGCCACAGGGUCAGGAGUUUGAAUAUGCAGAUGAUGAAGAAUACGACGCUGACAAUUAUGAAUACGAGGAUGAAGACGAUUAUGCACAGGAUGAGGGUUACAAUGAUUACUAUGACGAUUACAAUAAUGAAAAUGAGGAAAACGAUGAUUAUGAGGAUAUGAAGUACGGUUAAAAAUUAAAAAGAUAGCAAUUAAAAAACUGGAAAUUAAUAAAUCUUAACAUUGUCAAGUUACUUUUUCAGGUGCUAGCCUAAUCUGACUGUAGAAUUAUUGUGUGAAUGUUUUUUAAGAGGGGGUUCA